CAUGGGACCAUUGUCCUGUACAUAAAAUUCGAGCUUUUUCGUGGACGACACGAUCCGAGUCUGCCGCUCCUCUUUCGUUUCUCUCUCUCUCUCUCUUACUCUCUUUCUCCAAAUACCUUUAUCUUUCUUUCUCUCACCCUUUCUUUACUUCGGUGUUUUUUUUUCUUGACUCAUAUUUCAAACCCCCCACAUGGAAAUGGAAGAUCAGUAUAACAUAGCCGAUCUAAGGCAACUCAUGAAUGGUCCUAGGUCUCAUUUCCCAGCUAUCCCUGAACCCCAAGACCUUUUCUCUGCUCACCAACACCGAAGCCUCACACCCACUUCUCAACAACACUACGAUAUGCUGAUGUUGAAUCGUCAUCAUCAUCAACAUCAACAAGUACCUCCGGAGCUUUUGCCUCGUGGCCUCCACGACUUUCGUGCUGAUUCUACUUCUACUCAAGCUGCCAUUACAACUGUCGCCGCUACUAAUACUGCUACUUCAACUCCAUCGCUCAGUGGGUUAGACGCUGAUACUGGUUGCUUAGGAGGCGACGCCGGCACCGGAAGAUGGCCUAGACAAGAGACUCUAACUCUUCUUGAGAUCAGAUCUCGACUUGAUCCUAAGUUCAAAGAGGCUAAUCAAAAGGGUCCCUUAUGGGAUGAAGUUUCUAGGAUCAUGUCUGAAGAACAUGGAUACCAAAGAAGCGGGAAGAAAUGCCGAGAGAAGUUUGAAAACUUGUACAAAUAUUACAAGAAAACAAAGGAAGGCAAGGCUGGAAGACAAGAUGGUAAGCACUACAGGUUCUUUCGACAACUCGAAGCUCUCUAUGGAGAAACCAGCAAUACAAACUCAGUCCCAGAAAGCCAUUUUGCGGGACACGGUCUUCGAUUUCAUACCAUAGGCCAGAAUAUCACUCAAGCAAAUCAAGAUGGCUUUCAAUCUCAAAAGCAUUGUGAUAGUCUUAGCCUAUCUAAUUCCUCUGAGUAUGGUACUUCUUCCUCCGAUGAUAAUGAUCUCAGCACCGCGGCGGCGAUGGUGGAGAAUGACUCGGGGGAGAAGAGGAGGAAAAGAAGAGGAAGAAGCUGGAAGGGAAAGAUAAAGGACUUCAUUGAUUCCCAAAUGAGAAAUUUGAUAGAGAAACAAGAGGCAUGGUUGGAGAAGCUGAUGAAUACCCUUGAACAGAAAGAACAAGAGAGGAUGUUAAAAGAAGAAGAAUGGAGGAAAGAAGAGGCAGCGAGGAUAGAAAGGGAGCACAAGUUUUGGGCUAAAGAGAGAUCUUGGAUUGAAGCUAGAGAUGCAGCUUUGAUGGAGGCAUUGCAGAAGCUAACAGGAAGUGAAGUAAAAGCUUCAUCUUCUGAGGCUCUAAUGGCUGCUGAAAUUCAAAACCAAAGUGAAAACCAGAAUGAGGAUGGAAGUGAAAUACUAAAUAAUAAUGGGAAAGGUGAAAGCUGGCCUGAGUCUGAGAUUAUGAGGCUAAUGCAAUUCAGGAAUGGAAUGGAAUUAAGGUUCAGGCAAAGUGUAUGUUCAGAAGAGGCUUUGUGGGAAGAAAUAGCAGGAAAGAUGGCUUGUUUGGGAUAUGAUAGGAGUGCUUUAAUGUACAAAGACAAAUGGGAACGCAUUAAUAAUUGUCAGAGAAGAAGCAAGGAAGGUUACAAGAAGCGCAAAGAGAAUUCAAGAAGCUGUGGCUACUUUCAGAAUAAUGAGUCUUCCCUAUACAAUCAAGGUGGGGCUUAUUGUGAAAUGAAUGAACAAGAGCCAGAGACUGUGAGACUACAAGGAAAUAAUGAUGGUUCUUCCCCUUCUAAUUCCAAUGCUGGGAAUUCUGUGCAUGAGAGUUGCUUUCCCUUCUUGAUGGCUGAUGGGGAAAACUUGUGGGAAAAUUAUGGUUUGAAACUCAACAAAGGCAAUCACAACCAGUAAGUAAAAAAAGAAAAGCACAUAGAGUUUGUUAAGUUGUUCUAAUUAUCUGGAUUGGGAAGAAACUUUGAAGGGCGGGAAAACGUACGUAGUUGAAUUGUUAAGAGGUAAGAGGUUUGAAAAUGCCUCUGGUACAAUGGACUUACAUUGUGUAAGAGCUAGCUGACUGAAGAUUUAUGUAUAUUAGGACUUAGAAGCUGCACAUUUAAGAAUAAAAUAAUGGGGUUUGUGUUUUAUCAGUGUAAUGGGGAAAGGAGGAAGCAAUUAAUAUUUUGCUCAAAUUAUCGGGUUAUGGUCUCAAUGUUCUGUAAGUUUUCCAUUUUGUGAUAAAUUUCCCUUCUGUGCAUGCAAUUGGUACUAUCAUAUUGUAGUUCAUUUUUUAUUUCCUUCUUACAUCUUUCCCUUCCAUACUUUAUUUUCUAUUCUUCAAUAAUCUUUGGACCCCUAGAGAAGCAUUGCGUGUGUAUGUGUGAGAGAAUAAUUUACUUGUCAUAAUAUACAUUACUUGUAGAUUUCAAAAUUCAUAUUUGAUGCACCAUCCGUGCAUGAAUAAAAUGUAAGUACUUUGUCUUCUGACAUUUGGUAAUAAAUUCAUUGUCCAAUUGAGUCCUUGUGGAAAAUUAUUUCUUCCAUCACUACUAAUGACAAUAUUGGAAUACAUUUACCCGGAUCAAGAGCAAUGUACUAAUGUACCUAGUCAUUUUGUUCAGAGUCAACAAGGAAGAAAUAUACAGUGAUUUAUUCCAACUUUCAAGAAAGUAAAAUGACAGGUAGCCACUUGAUAUUGACUCUGUUUGUCCUAAUAAUCUUUGAAAGUAAAUUUUUAGCUACAAAAAUAUUAAAUAUAGCAGAAUUUCGGAGUUCAAGGAACGAGAUUCCAGAAAAAACAUGGGUGUUCCCUACCAUUACUUU